UAUAUCUUAAAGUGUUUUAGUUGAGAUGUUGGAUUUGGCUUCUUGCUUUUUAACCAUUUGACAAAAAAAAAAAAUGGUGUUAUCUUAUGACUACAUAUACUUUUUUGCAGUCUUUAUGAGAGUUGAAAAUGUGAUAUGGUUCAACUCCACUUGUGUUAUUAAAUAAAGAGAAUUUUGAAGGAAAAGUUUUUGAUAUGUGUUUGCAACUGAUUCAUUCAUUUAAACUUCAAGAUUAUGAUAUUGAAGCUUCUUAUAGGUCUUAGGAAGAAUUUCCAAUACCUUUCAUCUCUCAGGUUAUCAAGUUAAUUCAAGAUGGUCAUAGCCAAAGGCACCAAAAUUUUGGUAUUUAUAAUUGUGAUUGUAAUUUUGGGUUUUCUACAAAUAUCAGCACAAGCUGUUUCACCUGGUGAUUCUGCUUCAGGUAAUGUGUCAGAAAUAAUUAGACAGAGUGAUAAUACUAUUAGAGUGGAUCCUUUAGAUCAUUUCAAAAAGUACAGAGGAGGAUUCAACAUCACCAACAAGAAUUAUUGGAGUUCAGUGAUAUUCACUGGAGUUUAUGGAUAUGCAAUUGGAAUGCUGUGCCUUCUAUGUGGAAUACUGUAUGGAAUUUUUUUGCUAAUCACCAAGUUUUGUUAUCACAAAAAUGAAGGAAGAAGAAGAAUGAAGAUGGAUUUUCCUUGUAAUUACAAGAGCUGUGUUGUUUCACUAAUUCCUUUGGCUAUAUUUCUCAUGUUAAUGGUCAUAGUUGCAACAGGACUAGUUCUUGUAGGGAGUGCAAGAUUCCAUUCUGAAGCAAAAACUUCAGUUGAUAUCAUAAUCAACACAGCAAACAAGGCAUCAGAAACAAUACACAACACAACAGAAGCAUUAAAAGGCAUGGAGAGUAAUUUGAUGGAAGCCAAUGUCAAUGUUGAGGCUUCUAAAAAUCUUGACUCUACAGCUAAGAGACUUGAAGAUGCAUCUGCAAAUAUUGAUAUGCAAGCUAGAAAGAAUAGGAGACUUAUCAACAAGGGCUUGAAAAUAGUGUUUGUAGCUACUACCAUGAUUAUGAGCUUCAACUUGGUUGCUGUAAUAGUUUUGUCAGUUUCCGGAGUACUAAGGUUAAGGAAGGCACUCAACCUGUUUCUUGUACUUUGCUGGUUGAUGACAGUGUUAUGCUGGCUAUUCUUUGGAGUCUAUUUUUUCUUACAAAAAUUUUCUAGUGAUGCUUGCACAGCUCUUGACAACUUUCAAGAAAAUCCUUAUAACAACAGCCUAAGCUCUAUCCUCCCAUGUCAUGAAUUGCUCAAAGCAAAACUAGUUCUAUCUAAAUUUAGUGUUGGAAUCUAUGAUCUUGUUAAUGAGGUGAAUGCCAACUUGCAAGCAACAACAUAUCCAAAUCUUGUUCAUGUUUGCAAUCCUUUCUCAGCACCACCAAAUUAUUUCUACCAGCCUGAAAAUUGUGCAGAUAAUACUAUACGAAUAGGCGACAUUCCAAAGGUAUUGAAGGCUUUUACUUGUUUGGAUGCAAAUGAUGGGACAUGUGAGAUGGGAAAUUUUAUAACAGAUAGUGAAUACCUUAGAGUUGAAAAUUACACAAAUGCAAUUCAAGACUUAUUGAAUGUGUAUCCAAGUAUGGAACAUUUAUUAGAAUGCAAGGUAGUAAAAGAUGCAUUUUCACAAGUUGUUAUCAAUCAUUGCAAGCCUAUGAAGAAAUAUGUUAAAAUGGCAUGGAUAGGAAUGGUGUUACUUGCAUUGAUAAUGAUUUUGUUGAUUUUGCUUUGGACUAUAAAGACUAAUCAUCAACAUUAUUAUCAUCAGAAAGAUGCUUCUGUGGAGCCAACACCAAAUGCAUUCAAAUUAGGACUAGCUAAAGAGAUUGAAAUUUGAUGGCAACUUAAUUAACCAAUCAUAUAGGAAUUUUUUUUCUUCAUAAGAACUUAGAAAAUGGGUAUUAGAAGGCAAAAAUGCGCAAGCAGCUUUCUAAUAAUCCUAUAUAGAAGGAUGUGCAACUUUUGUACAUGACAGAUACAUAAAUGUGUACAUACACAUAUAACAUACUAAAAAUGUACAUAUACAAGGCAAGUGAUAGAUCAAAUCUAGUUAUUGAAAGCUUUUAUUUCCUUUAA